CGGAGUACGAGCCCGUGAUAACAGCAAAUACAUACGCCAUUACAUAGGUUGCGAUUGUAUGUAUCACAAGUCAAUCUGCAUUACAAAUUUUUAUAUUAGACGCGUUUAAUGUUUAAUCAUAACGUAUUGAUGCAACAACAUUGACGAAUAGUGCAGAAUUUAUUGUGACAGUUGACUUUGAGCCACUCACGCCUGAUCCAACAUAAAUUCUACAAGUUAAUGUAAACGAAACAUCAAUCAACGAGCAAUUACCUAUUACUAUUCCUUAUCUUUAUUUUCCAUUGGUUGUUGAUAGAUACUUCUUAAUUCAUUGAAUAUUUUGUAUAAUUUUUAAAGUUUAGAUCUACAUACUAAUGCGAGUAAAAGUGAUUCAUGUUCAUAUUUUUUCGACGAAAUCUUAGACUUUUGCUAGGACAACUAUAUACAUUGAAUACAAUUUUCGGCUGCUCCAGUUUUGACUCUCACUUAACAACUGAUAUAAAGAAAAGAAGAUAUAAAAUUUUAAAUCUUCUUAACUUGGUUUGAAUGUACCGAUAGUUCACAAGAUUAUUAAUUAUUUGUGGCGAUAAUAAUUUUAAAAAAUGUGCUUAACUUCCGCUAGUUGAAAAAGAUCAAUUAAGGAAAUCAAAAUUAACAUUGAUUAUACUAACCUACUAUUCCAUUUAGAAGCGCAAUAAUUUCCAACUAAAAAAUCGCAAAACCAAGACCUGUCUCACAGUGCAGCAACAUAUUAUACCCGUCCCUGUACCAUAGCACGUGAUGAAAACAGAGCUACGUCACACACAGCCUACACUAACGUUCAUUUCGUACAUCGACGGCAGCGCGGCGGCGCAGAGAGAAAGAGAGAGAGAGAGAGAGAGAGAGAGAGCGAGAACCAGCUGCUUCAGUCGCUCAACAUGGCUGCCAUCGGCCAGUAGUAGCUAAGUGAACUCUGCUCAGACAGAAACAAUCUCUCUAUAGGUGCGUGCGUGCAGCUCGUCAAAUGAAGAUUUCGUGAUAGACGAAAAGAAACAUCUGCGGGUGCGUCGUCUUUGCUCUUCCUCUGGGCUAUCAAGGCGAGCCGUUUGUCAUUUAUUGUCGCUGGGGUUUUGUGCGCGCAAGCGUGCCUUUUCGCCAUGAUCUCGUCCAUCGUCUCUCGUCUCGUCAUGUACGGAAGUGAAACUGUCAACCGCACUUCAGUCGAAAAUUCACCAAAUCGGCAAAGAAAAUAAAUCACAGCGUUGACGGCGAAAGCAUAGUAAAAGUAUAUCAAACACAAGUGAAUCGCCUUCAUGACGUAAAAUACGUCGUUCAACGUCACGCAUAGUUAUAUUUAUAAACAGCCCAGCGAAAAGUGAAAAUCUAACGUGCUAAGGAGAAACGACGAAAAGUUUAUCCGUGACGUUUUCAGAAGCUCAUUGGCGCGCGAUCAAAAAAUCAACGUGGGAAUUCCAGUAGCUUAUUAAAAUAUAAAAUAAAACACAUUGUUUAUAAAAAGGCAGCUAAGGGAGUUCGUUGCACCCUUGUUGAAGUUUUAUGAAAAGAUUCAAGGAAUACACGAGUCGUUUCAGCGGUAGGCUCUUCGGCAGAUGCAAAAUGACUUGUCCAACACGAUCUUCAUCCCGGGCUUCGGCACCAGUUAUCGUGCCGAGCGUCGCUCACUACUCGCGCAAUUUUCACGCCCCCGUGUUCAAAACUGUCACCGUUGUCAAUACGCUGACCGUUGUGAUUCUUCCCGCGCCGCUGAAGAUUAAUCACGGAGACACGAUGUGAACAUUUGACUUUUGAGAUGUAAAAUGAGAUUACUUUGGGUCUAUACUUAAAAAAAGUCUUGAAUUUGCUGUAUGCGCGAAACAGUUGUUUAUUUAAAGCGUUAAAUUAUUAUCAAUUGGAGAAAAAUUUUUUGGUCUUCGAUAAAUAUUUUUAAGAAUGCAACGAAUUAAAUUUUUCUUUACUUGGUACUUGACGGGUGAACAUGAAAUGAAAACACUUUUACAAUUGCGUUUUUGGAUAACGUUCACAAAAAUGUAUCCAAAGUAAGCCUUAUUUUUUCCUACUUAAAUAGUUUAUACAGAAACGUAGGAUGAAAUAUUAAAUAAUCUACUAUAUUCUUCUCGAUACAUGGACUCAAUCAAAGUAUUAUUCUAGUCAGCAAAGUGUAUCGCGCGUCGAUUUCAGCUUUUGAAAUUGAAAAUACUCAAUCGAUUUACUUUUUAAGACGACUUGCAUUUACCGUAAAAGUCAUAUCUAUGCCUCGACGACAACGACGACAACAGAGGAUGUACGAAAGAAUACAAGGACGCGCGUUCGAUCGUCGACUCCGCAAAGUUUGUCGCGAGCGCGCGUUUGAAAUUUUUCCAGUGACAGUUGCAUCGACACACAAGAUUGUUUAUUUUAUCUUUCCCUUUUUAUUUAAAGCGUAUCUAUCUUUUACAUAAUCUCGUUGACUAACGAGCUGCGUGCGCUUAUCGACGUUGUGUUUCCUCAUGUACGAUGUUUAUGCAUUGGCGUGCACUGUAGAAGGAUAGCGCAAUAAAUUGAUAAACCGGCCCUGUGGUCUCUGUCCCUUGACUGCCAAAACCCGCACCCGCCGAGAACAACCGAGCCGACGAGGACGCGCGCGCGCAACAAUCGAAAGCGCUUCGCUCUCUAAUAAUAAACGCGGGCCCCGGCGUUCGCACUGGCCGAGGAGCCGCCCUAAAGGCCAAUGAUCCUCCCGUCCGAGAAUAAUCCGCGCGGCGCUGCUUUGUUUCGCGGAGCGCGCCCCGUCGCGAGUCAGCUGUUUUGACGUCGGCCUCGCCUUUCGCCGCGACGGCAUGCUCGUCCAUUCCGUUUGCCACCUCUCGCCGACGCUCGCUGGGCCCUUGCUAAGAGUCAAACGCUCGGCCCCCGGCGAACGAGCGAUGCGCGAUCUUGACCUCUGCUCUCCCGCCGCGGACGCAAGAAUAGCCGCGCGAGAGAGGGGCGGAGAAUCCGACGAAAAAAAUGCAGCGUUCGAAUUGGUUUUCUAUUCUGAUCUCACCGCGGACGGGUGCGACGCGGAGAGCCUCUCGGAUUUAUCGACCGGCCGUUGGAGGCGCGAGUACGCUCACUUUUGGCGCUGCUCUGGCUCAGAAAUCCCGAUCUUGAGAUUAUCCCACGCGGCAGAGUGGCUAAGAAAAAGGACGCGCAGACGCCCGAAUCAAAGGCGUCGUCGUCCACGCGGACGAAAAGAGAGAGAGAGAGAGAGAGAGAGAGAGAUGCUGAUUGAUUGCGUAACCUCGUCGACAUUGCCCGUAAUCGUCGAGUUACCGGCGUCGUCGUGGUCGCGGCGGCUCGCUCGAUUCGAGUUCCGCUCCAGUCGACGGCUGAUCGUCGCGUAGGCCCUCUCGCUGCGACGAGCCACAGCUGAUCCGGCCGAGUGCCGCGCGGAAGCUCGCGAACGCGAAUGACGCGAGUAAUCGUAUCGAAUUCGGAGCGAGGUAUUUACGGAAAGGCUUUCACAGCGAAGCCGGACUUUACGGACCCGUAAAAUCUCGUCGCAAACGGCUUUUGUUCACUUUCCGAAACUCUCGGCGAUUCCGUUCGUCUCGUGAAAAGACGAAUCGAAAUUCCAGAGUCGGUCCCCGGGCGACGAGCUGCCAAGCUCCAUCUGCUGUACAAGCAAUCUCAGCGUCUAUUCUUGCGAGCCCAUGCCACGCGAAAGCAGCACCGUGCCGCGUAUAUAAGUUUACGCAAGCGCUCGAGCGAAAAGGGCCAUCGCCGAGCGCGAGGGGGAGGGCAAAGGGGGUCAAGCGAGCUAAAAACCGGCGGCCGACCCGCUUGUCCGCCUCGCGGGCGCAGCGAGCGCGGCGGGCGCGACGGCCGAAAUAGCGAGCGAGCGCGCGCGCGCGCGCACGCGGGGCUCGCUCAGUGCGCGGCUGGAAGCUCGCGAUCUCGGCCGGGCGCACGGUGCACGCGCGGCUCGCGAGUCGCGGCCGCGGCGCAAGACCGGACGAGCCAUGCCGGCGACGAGGACGCAGCAGCAUAGGCUCGAGCCGACGCGGGCGCUGGCGCGCCUGUGCCUGCGCUGGGCGCGCGACUCGCUGCCGGUCGGCCUGACCAUGGAGAACGUCGGCGCGACGAGCGUCGCCGCCUGCCUCGUUCUGCCCCGAGUCCUCGCUCACUGCCUGCUCUAUCCCCUUUUCAGACUCGUCUUCGGCACGCUCUACCCGGCGUACGCCUCGUACAAGGCCGUACGCACGAAGAACGUCAAGGAAUACGUCAAGUGGAUGAUGUACUGGAUUGUGUUCGCCCUGUUCACCUGCGCCGAGACCUUCACCGACGUGUUCUUCAGCUUCUGGUUCCCGUUCUACUACGAGAUCAAGAUCAUCCUGGUGCUGUGGCUGCUGAGUCCGGCGACCAAGGGCUCGAGCAUCCUCUAUCGGCGCUUCGUGCACCCGGCCCUGUGCCGCCGCGAGGCCGAGAUAGACGAGGCGCUGGCGCGCGCCACCGAGCAGGGCUACUCGGCGGUCCUCCAGCUGGGCACCAAGGGCGUCAAUUACGCGACCACCAUGCUCAUGCAGACGGCCAUCAAGGGAGGCGGUGGUCUGGUGCAGCAGCUCCGCAAGAGCUACAGUCUGAGUGAUCUCGUCGGCGAGAAAGAGGACGAAAACCGUAACGUCGACGUGAUUGACGAAGUUGAUCUCGAAGAGCCACGUCGAAGAGAAAGAAACUGCCGGAGAAACUACAGUCCACGACGAACCCAGUCGACCAGCGAUCACGUCGGACUGUAUUUUGCCGAAGUUGACGUUGACAUGAGGAAGUCGAGGUCGAGGGACCCCGUUGGCAGUUUGACAAAUAUCAAAUCUUCGGACGACAUAUCGAGUGGCUAUAGCAGCGGCGAGGCACUGCAGUCGCAGAAAAAUUCCAUUAACGGCGACCAUCUGGUACGGACAGCCAGUGUGGGUGCGAGGAACCGCGCCAGUAAGCCACGACCUACCGCGAAGAAAGCUGCGGAGGUCGACGAAACGGAGGGACCGGAGAUCAGCGAGACACUCCCAAAUCCUUUCGCCCUGCUAAAUACCCAACAGACCCUCGAACUCCUGUCGUUCCUCUCGCGAAAUAAAGAAUAUUUAGGAAUGCUUCAUCAUCAGCAAAACUUGAGUGAUUCCGACGACGACAGUUCUACCCUCAAAGCCGAUACCCCGACUAUAAAAGUUGAUGACGCGAAAGGAUCGGUAAUAGACGUUAAAGUCGAGGAGGAGGAAGUUGCUGAGCCGAAACAACAAGAAUUGAAAAUCGAUGCAGACGAGAUUUGCUCAGAUAAGCUUAACAGGCUGAAGGAAUUACUCGACAGUGCUAAUAAAGCCGUGGCGACGAUGGUUGGGUCUCAAGAAAAUUUGACUGACGCCGGGAUAUCGAUUGUUCAAAAAACUUGCAAUACAUUGGAGAUUAAGACCAGUCCAAGCAUUUCGAGGAGCAACUCCGAUUGUAGCAUCGAACGAGCUGGCAAGUAUCACAAGAAGCCAGCGCCCAAAGCGCCGGAGAAAGAAGAAUCGUCGCAGGAUGAGACCGAAGGAAGGGCGCUGAAAGCCACGUUGGUCAUAAAAACUGGCAGCGUGAAAACUCUAAGCAGCAACGCAGCCGUGGACGCGGUGAUCAAACGCCGCAAGAGGUCCAGCGCUAAAACGGCGGCUAGAGAGAGCUUCUCCAAACUCCUCACCAUACCAAAGACCAUCUUCCACAACGCCUUUCACAAAGACAAGGACGAUGAGAGCAGCUCAUCGAGUCGCGAAAACAUGGACGUCACUGAAGUCCUCGCUAACACUGACUCUUCCUACGUCAGUCUUAGAUCCGACAGCAUAGACGGAGAUGUCGGUGCAAUGAAGGGCAAAGCAGAGGCAGAGACGGAUGUUUAGAACCCAUUCCCUUCGUCCAAUUUCCUCUCCCCGAUCGAAAAAAACAACACCCGAGGCAAGCGACGACCACCAUAUCACGAAUUAUGCCACACUGCCGCGCAGCAAGAAGCCAACCAAGAAGAAGGUCACAUGAAACCAGUAGACGAAUCGAGAAUGCCGGUUGCCAAAUUGAAGCUUCAAUAAAAAAAAAAGAAACAUGGUUUUUACGAAUUGUGCACGCGCGUGCGUUGGAAUUUCUUCUUCACGUUACUUUCUGAACGCUUGCAAAAUGCACUUCCGUACAUUUUUAUUUUUACGAUAGGCAAACGAAACAAAACAUGACGUAUGAUUCUAGUCACGUAAUACUGGAAACGUCCAUGAUUAUUGCUUAUGGCGCACAACUGAAAGCGUUGCUUAUGUUUUUGAGGAAUAACCAUUUUUUUGUUCUACUAACGUUUUUUAGCGACAAGAUUGUAAAGCACAAGAGUUCAGUACUGAUGUCAAAUAAGACUUGAAACGAAGGUGAUGAAUAAAAAGCGACGAGCAAAUGCCAAGAGAAACAUUCAAAUUCCAGUGAACCAAGUAUUAUUGCGUACUUUGGUAUAAUGCUAUCGCUUUUUUCCUCCGCGAACAAUAAAUUAUAAGUCGGUUAAUUAUUGUUAGUCGAUAUAAAAUGAGUAGUCUAUAUCGUAUGUAUAUCUACCUAAGCAAUUCUAAAACGACUGGUAACGUGAUUAGUUUAUUAAUACGUAAGAGAGCGCAAAAUUCGCAAACGAGGUUUAUAAACAUAUCUUUUGCGCUUUUCUACCAGACCAUGAAACCUCGCGCCAAAAAAUAAAAGAAAGAUACUUGUCCUGCAUGUGUAUACUGAUCGAUUCGUAGAAUCGUCGCAUGUUUUGUUGAAGACUCGGAGGAGAGCCGUGAAUUGAGUUGUUUUCACUGAUCAAAUCAGACAAUUCAUCGCCAAGGAAACGGCGCUAUAAAGUAUUAAUUCGUUGAACUGUUUUCUAUCUUCUCUAUCGUAUAAGAAAUGUUUCGAUGUGUACAUUGUCUCGAAACUCGUUUGUAGUUCAAUAAAGAAAGCAAUGUUAAUGUG